AUGCAAAAUUUUGAAGCACUCAAAAAGCCAUGCAAACCAGGUGGAGUUUUUAGUCCUCCAGCCUCACCAAAGAUAGAAAACACCACAUUAGUGUUAACUCCAGAAUUUUCCCAACCUUCUCCAUCUCUUCCUGUAUUUCAUAGAAGAGCUUAUAGUAGAGAAUCUCCACAAACUCAAAAGAGUUUAGUCGAGCAUUAUUCAAACGAAAACAAGUGGCUUGUACAACGCAUUAUGCAGCUUGAACAAGAACAAGAGAAUAUAUAAUUUUCUUUAAAUAUAAUCCUCAUAAUUUAUUGUAAAUAUAUUGGGCCAGCCAAAAAGGUCUAAGUUUAUCAUACAUUUAUAAUAAAAAUUAUCCAUAUAUAGAGUGAAUAUUUACUAUAUUUAUUUUGAUUUCCUAUUAGAAAAAAAUACUUGAUUAUUUAAUUUAAUUAUAUAUAUAUUUUAUUUGAACAUCAAAAAUUGUUACAUCAAUAUAACGACGAAUUAAAGCAGAAAAUAAAGAAAUGGGAAACCAUAAUAAAAAACAAAGACAAAUAUAUCAAAGAGCUGGAAAAGCAAAUCGACAACCUACACAAGGAAAACGACUCAUUAAAGGAUUCUCCUUCAAAAUACAAAAUGUAUAGAUUAGAUCUGAUUUUAGAAUGCGAACAAAAUUUAAGACAAUAUCUUGAAAAUUUAUCAAGAAUUACAGAGGAUAACGCAGAAAUCGAUGAAUUUGUAGCCAAUGAGCUUUAUUUAUUAGACCAAGAAGAGUUUACGAUGCCAACACUAGCAGAUGAAGGCUAUGAAGUUAGCGCUAUACAAGAAGAAGGAAGAGUUAUGUCACUAGGUCAAACUGAAUUUGAGCCGAUUUAUAUCUCAGAAUGCUCAGUUGGCUAUAAUGGAAACAAAUUUAUCUCAACUUUUACCAGUGAUCAGCUUGAAAAUUUUGAUCUCCAAAGCAUAAACUGUUCUGCAUCCCCCUGCGACACCGAAAUAAUGCUUCUCCAACAAAUCCGAGACAAAGACGAAGAAAUUGCUAAACACAAAGAGUUUAUUAAAAAACUGAAAAGCUCUUUAGAAAAUAUGCUGCAGGAGCACACCAUUUCAAGAAUUGAAAUGGUCAAAAACAAGCUUGAAAUAAGAGAGCUUAAAGAAAAACUCGCUGUUUUUGGCUAA